GUUUUUUUGAUUAAAUAUUAAACAAUUGACGGGGUUUUAAAGCGGCAAUACACGGCAUUAGCUGCUUCCAACGUUGGCAAAUCCAUUUAGUCUUUAAAAGGAGGAGUCACUGGGUGGGUGGGAUUCAAAGUGGUGUUGUUUUUCUAUUGUCUAAUAAGGCCAUCACCAGCUACACCCUCAUCCAAAACGCAAACAACCAACCGCACCCCCUCCUUGCUAGUGUUAGAGCGAGCAACAGCUUGGUGCAACAUAAUUUUUUUAUGUAAAACAGAACAGAUACAAAGGGGCAUGAAUGUGUUUCGCCAGCUCAGUUGUGGAAGCUCAUAAAAAGCUAUUUAUAGCUAACACAAACAAUAGCACCAACAACCAUCACCACCCCACCGGAAGUGAGAGCCUAUCUGGCGGUGGUGUUGCCGUCAAGGGACUGCGAUCGGAUAAACAGCAGCGUAGCAGCAGUAGUAUUGGUGGCAGCAGCAGUGCAGGAGGUGCCAGUGGAAGUAACGCUAGUUUGAAAAACGCCAAGAUGUCUCGCAGCAAAACUCGUAUACCAACCGAAGUCUGUGGCGAUUGUGGAGCAUCGGAUCCCUCAUGGGCCUCCAUAAAUCGUGGCAUACUUCUCUGUUCCGAUUGCUGUUCCAUUCACCGCAGUUUGGGACGCCACAUAUCGAUUGUCAAGUCGUUGCGUCAGGGCAGCUGGGAACCUUCAGUGCUGAAUUUUGUCAAUUCCCUUAAUGCCCAUGGUGCCAAUUGUGUUUGGGAACAUCAUUUGCUCGAUAGCACAACAUCGGGUAAUAAGGGACAACAUCGCUUACGUAAACCCACACCCAAAGAUCCUUUGCAUCCGAAUAAAUCGGAUUUUAUCAAGGCAAAGCAUGUCCAAUUGGCAUUUGUUCUCAAGCCUAAUUUACAAGAUACGGAUGAUGAUAUUACCGGCUCGGCGGGUUUGGAACAUGAAUUAAGCAAACAACUGCACGCUAGUGUGCGUACCAGUAAUUUGGAGACAUCCUUACGUCUUUUGGUACAAGGUGCCGAUCCGAAUUUCUUUCACGAAGAGAAACGCUCCACUCCCCUGCAUGUGGCGGCGAAAUUUGGCCAGGCUUCACAAAUUGAAUUGUUGAUUGUGCAUGGCGCCGAAAUAAAUGUGGUCGAUGGCAAUGGCCUGACACCACUUGAAGUUGCCAAAGCCAAUAAUCACACCUUGAUUGCUGAGCGUUUGUUGGAUGCCAUGUAUGAGGUCACCGAUCGUAUUAUAAUGUUUUUGGGUGGCAAGAAACCGGAUCAUGCGUCCGGCCGUCAUUUGGUCAUACCCGAUGCCCAUACCAGUGAGAUUAGUGAACAACUGAAAAUUGCCCGUGGCCGUUUGCAAUUGGUACCGAAUAAAAUAUUUGAAGAAUUAGUUAUGGAUUUGUAUGAUGAAGUGGAUCGCAGGGAGAAUGAAGCAAUUUGGUCCACAUCGACCGUCAAUGCCGACAAUGUUGCUGGUGUGCCAUUUCUACCAGCCAAUCCAUUUCUAAGUGCCACCCGUAAUCAGGGUCGUCAAAAAUUAGCACGCUUUAGUCGUGCAGAAUUCAAUGGCCUAUUAACGGAUGUUUUAAUUGAUGCACGACGUCGUCAAAAUAUGGCAAAUUUACGGCCACUCGAUGGACCCCAACCACCUACAGCUGCUUCUGCUGCUGCAUCGUCAUCAUCAUCCAUGCCCAAUAAUAAUUUAUCGGGCUUCUAUGGUUUCAACAAUCAAAGCAACCACAACAAUAAUAACAACACUGGCAUUGGCAAUGAUUAUCAUGAUCCAAAUUUAUCCGAUGAUGAACCAAUUUAUGAUCCCGUGGCCGAUGAUGAUUAUGAGCCAAUGCCUCCCAUGGCCCAACAGGCCAUUGUUCAUCAAUCAGCCAAACCAGCGGAAGAAGUGAAAAAUUUCGAAAUGUUACAUUUGCGCAAACAAAUCAAUGAAUAUGUUUCGGAAAUCAAUCAGCUACGAAAUGUUGUACAAAAGCUAUCCAAUGAAAAUUCCGAAUUGAAAUCGAAAUUUUCCAAUGUGGAUUCACAACAACAGCAGCAGCAACAGUCGUCUUCAGCCUCGGCCUCCAAUAACAGUGUUUACGAUGAGCCAUUACGCAUUGAUUUCAAAACAGACGACAAUGAUCACGAACCCCAUUCCCUGCCGGAGGGUUUAAAUUCGACAUCGCCUUUUACGGCCAAUGCCGCACAAACUUCGAACGCCAACAGUUCAUCGACGUCGACCUCAUCAUCGACCACAAAUUCUCAACAAUCGACGAUAAAACGACCGGCCAGUAUGUACGAGCGUCGUUUACAAACCAAUGUCAGUAAAGCAUCAUCAGAUUCUCGCAACACCACAUCCAUGUAUCAAAUGGCCGGCAUCGAAUCGGCCAAUAAAUCUUUCACCGAAGAGGUUAAUCAGAAAGCCGAUAUUGUAACACAUCGCCUCAAGGAGCUGAUACAUACAAUGCAGGAUCCAAAUAAUAAGGAGACCUUAAUACCAUGUGCCGAACGCAUUCGGGCGGCAGUAUUGGAGCUGAUAAAUGUCUUCACAACACCGGCCAAUUGCAAUGAAACAAUACGUGAGACGCUAAUGCAAUUAACACGCAACAAUAUUUUAAUACAGCAUAGCUGUGAAAAUUUACGCAAUUCCCUGGAGACGGAUGAUAAGACAGCCAUUGCCAAAUACUACAAAGAUGUACGUGAAUGUGCCUAUUAUAUAGCCAGUGCCACAAAAACAUUAGUUUUACAAUUGGAUUAAGUUGAACAAAAAAAAACAA